GAAGUGGAGCCUAAAUUCCCCACCGUGGUGCCGGUACGAGACUUCGACCCAGCCAAAGACGCCGCCAGGAUCGAGAUGGCCGUCAAGACUAAAAGAGUAGACGAACAGACCGUCAUCGACAUCCUGACCCGACGCAGCGGAGAGCAGCGGAGAGAGAUCGCCUUUGAGUACGAACGCAUCGCCAAGAAGGAUCUGAUGACGGCCCUGAAGGGGGCGCUGUCCGGUCCUCUAGAGGCUCUAAUGUUGGGUCUGAUGAAGACCACCGCUCAGUACGACGCCUCUGAGCUCAAAGCCUCCAUGAAGGGACUGGGGACGGAUGAGGAAACCCUGAUCGAGAUCGUCUGCUCCAGAAACAACAAAGAACUGGAGGAGAUCAAGGAGGUUUACAAAGAGAUGUUUAAGAAGGAGGUGGACAAAGACGUAGCAGGAGACACAUCGGGAGACUUCGCUAAACUGCUGCUGGCGCUGGUUCAGACAAAGAGAGAUGAACCCUCUAAUGUGGUGGACUAUGAGAAGAUUGACGAGGACGCCAGAUCUCUGUAUGAAGCCGGGGUGAACAGGAAGGGAACCGACGUGAACACCUGGAUCUCCAUCAUGGCUCAGGGGAGCAUCCCUCACCUGCAGAAAGGUGAACUACACCUACAACACCACAGCACAUUUAGACACAGAUUCACCGGAUUCUACCAUCACCAUAUUUCAUAUUCAUUUUAUGUAUAACACCAACGUUCUUUAUGUUUA